GAAUUUUGAAUCCAUUAUCAUUUCCAAAUCCUCCACUCCAUAAAAACCCCUUCUCUUUUCUUUUUUCCUCCUAAGAUUCUUUCUCCAUAAUGGGUUCCGAAGAGAACGGCACGGAAAUUCAAAUUCAGAAUCCAACACACACACAAACACAACAACAUAGUAAUCCUAAUAAUAUUGCUUCACCCGAAAUCCACGCUAACACCUCCAACAACCAAAUUGAAAUCACUUCCCAUUAUGGCGGUGACGACGCCGAGAGUGACAGGCAUGUAACUCUAGUAGUCCACCCUCAUUCCCUUCUCCCCAUGCCCGUGCCACCGCAGAGUUUCAAAUCCAACGAAAACGAUGCCGUUUCGUCGAACGACUCGAACUUCUCCGUCGGAAGCUUCCUCCGCCAGCGCAGCAGCCACCUCUCCGCCGCGAUCGUGAAGCGCGUCUCCUCUCUCCGCCAAUCCAUGGAAGAAAAAACCAACGACGACGAGGAAGAGAAUCUCGAAGUCACGGAGUUCAGCCUUUCCGGCGUCAAGGUCACGGUGACGCCGAAGCCGGAAGAGGAAAAGGAAACCUCGUUUAAAGGACGCAUCAGCUUCUUCUCGAAAUCUAAUUGCAGAGACUGCACCGCGGUGAGAAGAUUCUUCAAAGAGAAAGGAAUAAGAUACGUCGAGAUAAACGUCGACGUUUUCGGCGAGAGAGAACGCGAGCUUCGUGAGCGAACCGGGAGCGGUUCCGUGCCGCAAAUUUUCUUCAACGAGAAGCUGAUCGGAGGUUUGGUGGCGCUGAACUCGCUGCGGAACAGCGGAGAGUUCGACCGGAGAGUGGCGGAGAUCGUCGCCGGGAAGGUCGCCGGCGGCGAUUCGCCGGCGCCGCCGGUGUAUGGGUUUGAUUAUGUGGAGGAAGAGCGCGCUGACGAGAUGGUUGGGGUGGUUAGGGUUUUGAGGCUGAGAUUGCCGAUUCAGGAUCGGUUGAGGAGGAUGAAGAUGGUGAAGAACUGCUUCCAAGGGAACGAGUUGGUGGAGGCGCUGCUUCAGAACUUCCACUGCGCGCGUAACGAGGCCGUUGAGAUCGGGAAACAAUUAUCCAAGAAGCACUUCAUCCAUCAUGUUUUCGGGGAAAAUGACUUCGAGGAGGGAAAUCACUUAUACCGUUUCCUCGAGCAUGAACCCUUUAUCCCCAGAUGCUUUAAUUUUCAUGAUACCACAAAUGAUAGUGAACCAAAGCCUGCAGAUUCAAUAUUCGUGAGGCUUACCAAGAUUAUGUCUGCCAUUCUUGAGUCUUAUGCCUCUGAUGAUAGGCAACAUGUUGAUUAUGAGGCCAUUAGCAGAAGCGAAGAAUUUCGUAGGUACGUAAAUUUGACUCAGGAUCUGCAGCGAGUGAAUCUCUUGGAAUUAUCAGAAAACGAGAAGCUUGCAUUCUUCUUAAAUUUAUAUAAUGCUAUGGUCAUCCAUGCUGUUAUUAGCGUAGGGUGUCCAGAAGGUGCAAUUGAUAGGAGAUCCUUCUUCAGUGAUUUCCAGUAUCUGGUUGGAGGGCACCCUUAUUCUCUUAAUAUGAUUAAAAAUGGUAUCCUCAGAUGCAAUCGGAGGUCACCAUAUUCCUUAGUAAAGCCCUUUAGCACAGGAGACAAGCGGUUAGAGGUUGCUCUUAUCAAGUUGAAUCCGCUAUUACACUUUGGACUUUGUAAUGGUACAAAGUCUAGCCCAAACGUUAGGUUCUUCACACCACAUAGAGUUGUAGAUGAAUUAAGAGGUGCUGCAAGAGAGUUCUUUGAGAACCAUGGAAUUGAAGUGGACCUGGAGAAGAGAACGGUUUAUCUAACUCGGAUUUUCAAGUGGUUCAGUGGGGAUUUUGGACAAGAGAAAGAAAUAUUGUUGUGGAUAAUUAAUUACUUGGAUCCAAAUAAAGCCGGUCUUGUGACACAUCUCAUGGGAGAUAGUGGACCAGUUCACAUCUCUUACCAGAAUUAUGAUUGGUCAAUAAAUUCUUGAUUAGUUUUGAUUCAGCUACUGAUUAUUACACUUUUACCAGAUUGUGGCAUCUUAUCUUAUUCCAUCCAAAAGGAGAGAGAAUUUAAGUGAUUUGAUACCGAAACAGAUUAUUGUAGAUGUGAUAUCAUUUUUGCACACCACAUGUGCAGACCAUUUAAGUUAUAUGUAGAAACUCUAGAUCAUACAUAGUUUGAAUUGAGGUUUUUCUUUUCUUUUUUUUUUCAGAAAAAAAAAGAUCGUGGGCAUUGAUAAAUACAAAUUCUUAGGUAGGAACUGAUUUUAUAGAGAGUUGGCUAUAUGAUGACGCUGUAAAAGCGCUUUGGAGUUGUAGAAUGAAGUCCUGGACUUGUUUCUUCGUCUGGUGUUUAAAUUCAUAAAGUCUGGAGCUUUUCCCCUGUAAAUAUCACUGAACUUGUAUGGUGUCGUGAAGGUUGUUGAUGUUAAUUAUGUCAUGAGAAAGUUUAUUAGGAGAACUUGUUUGUAUUAAGUUGCA